AUGAGCUUCUUUUCACGCGUGGUCACACUAUUUGGCCUUGUUUUACUAGUUCACGCAGGCUACUCCGCCCACGAACACACCGUUCUCUUCAGCAAUGCCAACAUCGCCGCCAUCGCCACCGUACCGAACGAUAUCAUCGUCGAGAUCCUGGUUGCAGUCCUAGCCGUCUCGACUGGAUUAGUGCUGGGCGCCGAGAAACUCAAGCCGAUUAGCUGGCGUGACUGGGCAGGCGAGAUCGAGCGGGACGGUGGUGCGCGGAACCCGUACAUGGGUAUGGAGGAGCGAUUUGGAUUUUGGGAUAUUCGGGCCAAGCGAAAGGAGUUUGCGGACUGGGUCCGUGGUCCGGAUGUGUUGACCAAGGAGUAA